AUGGUAUCUGUAUUAAUUCAGCUUCUGUGGAAUGUUUAUGGUCAUCCAUGGAGUUAUUGCAUACUAAUCGAUGAAAAAAAAAAAGUUUUUGCAAUGAGCCAAAUUAGAAGUGACAUUUUAUAUACUCGUAAAAUAAAAGAAACCAGAGAAUGUAAACGAGAAAUGCAACGGCUUCAUAUAGCUGCACCAAUUCCUAAUAAUAAAGAUAAAGAACUUGAACCAGAUGGUGAUGAACUUUAUCAAGUUAAAUGGAUAAAUCUAGGAAUUCAAGAAAACCAAUUUGAUAAUCAAGACGAUCAAAUUUUUAUAUCAUCGGAAUGGGAUAGUGAUUUUAAUUUUGCGAAUCGUGAAGUACAUCCUGCUAAUGAUAAUUCAGCUAAAUGGAGUCUCGAAACAUUAUUUGUAUCUUCUUUAGAAGCACCUUCAUUUUUAGGUUCAGAUUUAAUUUUUACAGAUACAAAAUAA